AUGGUGGUUCCCGGACGGAGAACCGUCUGGGACGGCGUGAUUGAGCUGACGAAGAAGGCUGAAGCUAAUUGCGUCGAUGCUCGUCUCUGGUCUUCUCAGUUAUCGGCCAGCUUGAUAUCCGUCGUGGAUUUCCCGUCGACGGAGCUCGCGGAGGUUCUCGUCUCGUACAUUUGUUGGGAUAAUAACGUCCCUAUUCUAUGGAAGUUCCUUGAAAGAGCUAUGGCGUUAAAACUCGUUUCUCCUCUCGUUGUUCUCGCUCUGCUCGCUGACAGAGUUGUUCCAAACCGGUCAACGCAACUAGCGGCUUAUAGAAUUUACCUGGAGCUUCUCAAGAGAAAUAUUUUCAGGAUCAAAGAUCAUAUUAGCGGACCUCACUACGAGAACGUCAUGAAUUCAGUAGCCAACAUUCUUCGUCUUUCAGAGUUAUUUGGUGUGGAAACAAGCAAGCCUGGUGUACUUCUAGUAGAGUUUGUCUUUAAGAUGGUGUCACAACUGGUAGAUGCAACUUUAAGUGAUGAAGGUUUACUAGAGCUAAGCCAAGACCCGAGUUCUCAGUGGCUAAACAAGUCUCACGAAAUGGAAAUUGAUGAUGCUCCUGAGAUAUAUAAUGGAAAGAUCGGAUCUCACGAGAAGUUACAGACUUUAAAUACCCUCAUGGCUAUCGACAUCAUUGUGGAAUUCCUCAGAAAUACAGUGAUCUCCAGAUUGCUGUACUUGGUAUCCUCCAACAGGGCUUCGAAUUGGCAAGAAUUUGUACGGAAAGUACAGGUGCUUGGAGAAAAGUCAUCAGCCUUAAGAAAAUCAAAGGUUCUAAAUUCUGGGGAUCUAUUGCAGUUGAUUUCGACUAGACGGUUUGGGUAUUCUUGUGACAGCAAAGUAACUCCAUUACGGAUAUCCAAUGCAAUUGUGGAUUUUGGAUCUCUUGCUUCCUAUGCUGGCUUAUGCCAUGGAGCAAGUCUCUCUUCACUCUGGCUUCCUCUUGAUUUGGUAUUUGAAGAUGCUAUGGAUGGAUAUCAAGUAAACCCAACUAGUGCAAUUGAAAUCAUUACCGGUCUAGCUAAAACACUUAAGGAAAUUAAUGGGAGCACUUGGCAUGACACCUUCUUGGCUCUUUGGAUAGCAGCUCUCCGACUUGUUCAAAGGGAAAGGGAUCCUAUUGAGGGACCUAUUCCUCGACUGGACACAAGGCUGUGCAUGUCAUUAUGUAUUGUCCCACUUGUGGUCGCGAACAUCAUUGAAGAGAGGGAGUAUGCAUCUGUCAUGGAAAAGCCGCGAGAAGAUCUUAUUACAAGUUUGAAGGUCCUUGGUGAAUUCCCUGGGUUGCUGUUUCCUCCCCAGUGCGUUGUUUCUGCUGCCAACAAGGCUGCCACAAAGGCAAUCAUGUUUUUGUCUGGUGGAAAUGUUGGGAAGUCAUGUUCUGAUGUCAUAAACAUGAAGGACAUGCCUACCAAUUGCUCUGGAAACAUGCGCCACCUGAUAGUUGAGGCUUGUAUUGCGAGAAACGUACUGGAUACGUCGGCCUAUUCGUGGCCUGGCUAUGUUAAUGGCCUAAUCAGCCAAUUACCUCAUAGUCUGCCAAGUGAAUUACCUUGCUGGUCGUCAUUUGUUAAAGGGGCGCCACUAAAUGCUGCAAUGGUGAAUGCAUUAGUUUCAGUUCCUGCUUCAAGCUUAGCAGAGCUCGAGAAAGUAUAUGAGGUCGCAGUCAAAGGAUCAGAUGAUGAGAAGAUAUCUGCUGCUACGGUGCUUUGUGGGGCAUCCCUGACACGGGGCUGGAACAUACAGGAACACGUUGUUGAGUUUCUUACAAGAUUACUAUCCCCGCCCAUUCCAGCAGAUUAUUCCGGCGCUGAAAGUCAUUUGAUUGGUUAUGGCUGCAUACUGAAUGUUAUUAUUGUUGGGAUAGGAUCUGUUGACAGCAUUCAGAUUUUCUCUUUACAUGGCAUGGUUCCGCAACUUGCUUGCUCACUAAUGCCAAUCUGUGAAGAGUUUGGAUCUUACACCCCAAGUGUAUCGUGGACUCUUCCUUCCGGAGAAGAAAUCUCAGCAUACUCUGUUUUUUCAAACGCUUUCACUCUUCUUUUAAAGCUUUGGAGAUUCAAUCAUCCUCCUAUAGAGCAUGGUGUAGGAGAUGUGCCAACAGUUGGCUCCCAACUCACUCCUGAACAUCUUCUUCUAGUGCGCAAUUCUCAUCUCGUUUCCUCGGAGACCCUUAAUAGAGACCGGAACAGAAAGAGACUUUCAGAAGUUGCAAGGUCAGCAAAUUGCCAACCUGUGUUUGUUGACUCGUUCCCUAAGCUGAAAAUCUGGUAUAGGCAGCACCAGAGAUGCAUAGCUUCCACAUUAUCUGGACUUACACAUGGAUCUCCCGUUCACCAGACAGUUGAAGCACUUCUCAACAUGAUGUUCAGAAAAGUCAGAGGCAGUCAGACUUUAAAUCCAGUUAAUUCGGGGACAACUGGAGCAAGGUAUAAGUAG